UGGAAAAGCUCAACCAGUACUUCUCACCUCAAACUAAUGUGGCUUUCGAAGUUUUUAACUUCCGCCAAGCGAAACAGAAACCCGACGAGUCUCUUGAUUCUUAUCAUACUCGAUUACGUCGAUUACGACCCCGCUAAAGAGAUCAAAGACCAUAUUAUUUUGACCUGUACGUCCAACUCUUUACGCCGACGACCUUUAACAAAAUUACCCGCAACAAAGGAAUCAGUCUUGAACAAACAAACCACAAAAUUUAUUCCUAUGGAUCACUACGUCCACUACCACUAAAAGGAGUUAUCAAAACCAAGCACCUUUCUGCCCAAUUCCAUGUAGUUCACGGGAACUCUGGAAAUCUGCUAAGCUACACCACCGCCUGCCAACUCAACUUGCUCAAAGUUACGAUCAACAGCACUACCCAUCACAUACCAUCAACUAAUCAGUAUUCCCCAGAGUUCGAAUGCCUCUUGUCUGGCAUUGGAAAGCUAACUGGUAAAACUGUUAAACUGCACAUUGAUCCUGAUGUUUCCCCCAAACAACAACCCCACUGUCGAAUCCCAUUCCACGUUCGAUCUGAUGUCGAGAAAGAGCUCAAACGGCUUGAAGAGUUAGAUAUCAUCGAAAAGGUUGAUGGACCAACACCAUGGAUCAGUCCCAUUGUGGUCGUCCCGAAAAAGUCGGGCGAAGUCUGA